AUCCCGCCCAGCAGCCUGAGCCAUCUUGUGUUUAGCAGAACAAAAACGGAGGAAGGAGCCGGAGGAUGUUAGGACGAGUGUCUGGUCUUGGAACCACAAAGGCUCGGUGCAGCGGGACAGCAUGCUCGGCAGUGUAGCACCGAGGACAAACGGCAGACACACCCCGGAGAACCGCCGAUGUUACCGUUAGCUCGCAGGCUAUCGAAGCUAAGCUAGCCAAUUAGCUCAGGCUAGUAGCCCAGGGACGUUAGAGAGAGGCGGCUUAAAGUUUCUGUGUGACCCCACCGAACCAGCCGCUGUGCUUCGUAAAUAAUUUCACCGAAAUCAGGAGGGACCUCGGAUGAAAUGGACCGGACGCGGUGCUGAUUAUCUGCCGAGAGGAAACCGGGCUAUGAGUAUUGGGGCUAGCUGCUAGCUCGGCUGCUAACAGUUGUUUUUCGUUCCAGAGCGGAACCACAAUAAGCCGCGGCCCUGGCCAUGCCCUCGAAUGCACGGGCGGGCAAUCUGAAGGACCCCGAGGUGGCAGAUCUGUUCUGCAAAGAUGAUCCGGAGAAGCUGUUCGCUGACCUCCGAGAGAUCGGCCACGGCAGCUUCGGAGCCGUGUACUUUGCCCGAGAUGUGCGAAACAAUGAGGUGGUGGCCAUCAAGAAGAUGUCCUACAGCGGUAAACAGACCAACGAGAAAUGGCAGGACAUCAUUAAAGAGGUGAAGUUCCUGCAGAAGCUUCGUCAUCCGAACACCAUCGAGUAUCAAGGCUGUUACCUGAAAGAACACACGGCAUGGCUGGUGAUGGAGUACUGCCUCGGCUCGGCCUCAGACCUCCUCGAAGUUCACAAAAAGCCGCUCCAGGAAAUAGAAAUAGCUGCUAUUACCCAUGGUGCACUGCAGGGAUUAGCAUAUCUCCACUCUCACAAUAUGAUUCACAGGGACGUGAAGGCGGGGAACAUCCUGCUGACAGAACCCGGUCAGGUCAAACUGGGCGACUUCGGUUCUGCCUCCAUUGUGGCUCCGGCCAACUCCUUCGUUGGGACGCCCUACUGGAUGGCUCCAGAGGUGAUCUUGGCCAUGGAUGAGGGUCAGUACGAUGGGAAGGUGGACGUCUGGUCUCUGGGAAUCACCUGCAUUGAGCUGGCUGAGAGGAAGCCCCCCCUGUUCAACAUGAAUGCUAUGAGUGCCUUAUACCACAUCGCUCAGAAUGAAAGCCCCAUCCUGCAGUCCAACCACUGGUCUGAUUCGUUCCGUAACUUCGUGGACUCCUGCCUCCAGAAGAUCCCCCAGGACCGGCCUACCUCGGACGUGCUGCUGAACCAUCGCUUCUUGUGCCGCGAGCGUCCGCUGACCGUCAUCAUGGACCUGAUCGCCAGAACCAAGGACGCCGUGAGGGAGCUGGACAACCUGCAGUACCGCAAGAUGAAGAAGAUCCUGUUCCAGGAGACCCAGCAGAACGGGCCGGUGUCGGAGGCCGGCGAGGACGAGGAGGAGGUAGAACAGUACCUGCUGCAGACCGGAACCGUGAACAGCAUGGAGAGCUCCCAGUCGGUCCCCAGUAUGUCCAUCUCAGCCAGCUCCCAGAGCAGCUCCGUCAACAGUCUGGCCGACGCCUCCGACGACAGCAGCAGCGAGAUGGCCAUGAUGCAGGAGGGCGAACACACCGUCACCUCCAACAGCUCCAUCAUCCACCGGCCCACGGGUCAGGACAACAUCUACGAUGAUCCCUACCAGCCAGAGAUGGAUCAGCCUCAGGUUCCUUCGGCUGGACGCCGUCGAGCUUAUUAUAGAAACCGUGAUCACUUUGCCACCAUCCGAACCGCCUCUCUGGUGACCCGUCAGAUCCAGGAACAUGAGCAGGGCUCAGCGCUCAGAGAGCAGAUGUCCGGCUACAAGAGGAUGAGGCGGCAGCACCAGAAGCAGCUGAUGGGUUUAGAGAACAAGCUGAAGGCCGAGAUGGACGAACAUCAGCUGAAGCUGGACAAAGAGCUGGAGAACCAGAGGAACAGCUUCUCCACGGAGGCCGACAAACUGGCCAAGAAGCACCAGGCCAUCCUGGAGAAGGAGACAAAAGCUGCUCUGACAGAAGAGAAGAAGUUCCAGCAGCACAUACUGGGCCAGCAGAAGAAGGAGCUAACCAGUUUACUGGAGUCCCAGAAACGCCAGUAUCGCCAGCGCAAAGAGCAGCUCAAGGAGGAGCUGAACGAGAACCAGUCAACUCCGAAGCGUGAGAAGCAGGAGUGGUUGAUCCGUCAGAAGGAGUGUUUGCAGCAGAUGCAGGCGGAGGAGGAGGCCAGUCUGCUGAGGAGGCAGCGGCAGUACUACGAGCUGCAGUGUCGCCAGUACAAGAGGAAGAUGCUGCUGGCUCGACACAACCUGGAGCAGGACCUGCUCAGAGAGGACCUGAACAAGAAGCAGACCCAGAAGGACCUGGAAUGCGCCAUGUUGCUGCGACACCACGAGUCCACGCAGGAGCUGGAGUUCAGGCAGCUGGGCUCGGUGCAGAGGACCAGAGCCGAGCUGAUCCGGACCCAGCACCAGACAGAACUGACCAACCAGAUGGAGUACAACAAGAGACGCGAGCAGGAGCUCAGACAGAAACACGCCAUGGAGAUCCGGCAGCAGCCCAAGAGCCUGAAGUCCAAAGAGCUGCAGAUUAAACGUCAGUUCCAGGAGACCUGUAAGAUCCAAACCCGUCAGUACAAGGCGCUGAGGAACCACCUGCUGGAGAGCACUCCGAAAUCCGACCACAAGGCUGUCCUCAAACGCCUCAAAGAGGAGCAAACACGUAAGCUGGCCAUCCUGGCCGAGCAGUACGACCACUCCAUCAACGACAUGCUGUCCACACAGGCUGUGAGUAAGGCAAGGAAACCCCCGCGCACCGCCACCACACCUGGAGCACCGCACCUGAACGCACCACCACACCUGAACGCACCACGACAUCUGAACGCACCACCACACCUGAAACCACAACAACAUCUGAACCCAACACGACACCUGAAUGCAUCACAACACAAACACACAGUGAAUGCAUCACCAACAAGGAUGCGAGCAGCUGCAAAUCUCCGACUGGAUGAGACUCAGGAGGCCGAGUACCAGGUCCUCAGGAUGCAGCUGCAGCAGGAACUCGAGCUGCUCAACGCCUACCAGAGCAAGAUCAAGAUCCAUACCGACACCCAGCACGAGAGGGAGGUGAAGGACCUGGAGCAGCGGGUGUCGAUCCGCCGGGCGCUGCUGGAGCAGAGGAUCGAGGAGGAGAUGCUCUCCCUGCAGAACGAACGCUCGGAACGAAUCCGGACUCUGCUGGAGCGUCAGGCUCAUGAGAUCGAGGCGUUCGAUUCGGAGAGCAUGCGUCUGGGCUUCAGCAACAUGGCGCUGUCUGGCAUCCCGGCCGAGGCCUUCAACCAGGGCUACCCGACCCCCAGCCCGUCCUCAGGCUCCAGCGGCUGGCCAUCAAGACCCGUCCCACGAUCUGGCAGCCACUGGAGCCACAGCGUCCAGAACUCGGUGGCGACUCCGUCCUGGCGCAGUCAGAACCACGGCGGCGGCUUCAGCCGGGCCGAGUCCAUCGCCUCCUCCCACGGCCUCGGCAGGGACAGCGAGCUGAGUAAGGGCAGGAUUCACUCGUCGUCCUCGUCCUCCUCAUCCUCGUCCUCCCACCACCAGCAGCACUACCUCCCCCAGCACUACCAGCACCACCAGAGCACCCCCCAGCUCUACCGCGACGCCCACGACUCCAGGGAGCGCGAACGGGCCCGAGAGUGGGUCGGCGGAGGAGGCCACUACUCCCAUCACUCCCAGGGCCACCACCACCACCUGUCCUCCCAUGCCUCCUCCCAGUCAUUGGCCCUGCUGCCUCCCCCGCCGCCGCCUCCCCCCAUCUCCCUCUCCUCCUCCCCUCCCUCCUCCGCCUCCUCAUCCUCGUCGUCGCAGGGCGGCUAUGGCGGCGGCGGCCUGAGCGUCAGAGGUCCGACUCUGAUGGCGCUGAGGAACAGCCCCCAGCCGCUGAGGAGGACGGCGUCCGGCGGUCCAGGCGGCGGCAGCGACGGCGGUUUGAGCCGGAGCACGUCGGUCACCUCCCACAUUUCCAACGGAUCCCACCUCUCCUACUCCUGAAGGAAGCUGCAGGGCUACGAGCCGAAAACAGGAGCAGAGAGAGGGCCGGUUAGUUUUUAAUUGUUAGAUUUUAAAAUGUAAAAAAUCUGAUCUUUAAAAAAAGCAAAACAAACACAGAUACCCUGAUUUUAAGUGUAUGUUUCAGGAUCUCCUUUCUGGAAGUGUGCAGGGGAAGAAAGAGAGGCUGCAGCAGAGUAUAUGACAAGUCAGCUUAACAUUUAAUAAGUGGAUAUGUGUUGUAGAAUUCUGAUGGUAGGAGUUACAGUUCCAGGUAUCUGGCUAGUCAGGAUUCUGCUUCACUUAAUUGACUUUAUCUAGAUAUUGUAAAUUCAAUUUUUAGAUAUCUUAGAUUAAGAUAUCAAACUAAUUUUCGAUAUAAAUCUUAAAUUAUCAAAGUGCCAGUCAGAAUGAUGACAUCUGGUGGAUGUCAGGGCUGCAUUGUAAGCGACAGAUACGUCGAUUAUUUUGACUAGUCAAAACUAAACUACAGUGAUCUCUAAGUUGUUUUGACCACCUAGACUGAGUUGAUAUCCAUCAUGUUAGUUCUGGAUAGCUAAAGUUAGCUAACAGAUAUUAAGGCAGCUUGCCAAAGUGGUAAAUUAUCAGUUAAAGGAUGUCAAGACUGCAUUAUAAGUGUCUGAUAAGUAGUGCAAUUAUUUUGACCAAUCAAAACUGAAUUACAAAGAUCUGUAGCUGUAGUUUGACUGGUCAGAAUUAAAAUUCCAGAUAGCUAGCAGUUAGAACAGCUGCCAUAGUAGAAACUAUUUGUUAAGGGAUGUCAAGACCGCAUUAUAAGUGUCUGAUAAGUCGUGUCAACAACUAUCGUUUUUGACUAAAAAACUGAACUACAGAGAACUCUAACUUGUUUUGACUGGUCAGAGUGAUGCUAAUAUCUGUUCCUUUAUCUCAGAAGUCAAAUUCACCUGUUAAAUGUUAAAGCAUCUUGCCAUAGCUGAGUUUUUUAAAACUCCAAGUUGCACAGGAGCAGAGAAGUAAUCAGAAAAAAAAGACGUAAGUAAGACGUGAAAAUGAGCCAUGCGUUGCAAAGCGAACAAGUUGAACCAUUGGAGAAAAAGCUAAACUUUGUUCGUUUUGUAGCCUCCAUUGCACAGUGUUGAGGGUUUGAACCGACUCACCUGUUGGAUCAGGUGUUCAGAGUUGCAGCAGGUUUAGAUUUUUUCUAACGAACUGAGCAACAGUUGUGGAGCUUCCACUUGGCCUGCGGUGCUUUAAAAACCACUGUAACUAUGUAAAUAACGCUAAAAUUGUAAACCCGGUUUUUGAUUUAUAAGUGUUUGAUAGCGGGGAGGGUUCGGGGCGGAAGGAGUUGACCAAGAGAAGAUUUCUUGAAAACACACUUCUUUUAUUUGUAGUGAUAAGAUUCUGUAUAUGACAAUAAAAAAACACUGCCAUCUUUGUGUUGGGCUGCAGAGAAACUCUACCACUGCCCUCUGAUCUAAUAAAAGGAACAAACCUCGGGAGCGUUUACAGUCAGAAUUAGUUUAAUCACAGCAGAGUUAGCUCCAGUUUCAUUUAGCUUAGCGCUGAUGCUAAAAGCGGCUUCCAACAGCUUCACAUUUACAGGAUUUCUAUUUAGAAAUAGUGAAACAACCUGCAAACUUUGAGUUGAAACAGAGAUUCAAAAAUGAUCUCUAAAUAUCACAGAAGUGAUAUUGUGUUUGGUAAAGGUGGAUAAUAAGCAAACUGCUCUCCUAAAAAAAUGACAUUUCUCCACAACUGAACUGUUAAGAUAUUUUCUAACGUAGGAAAGGAAAGAAAUCCGACUUUAAAUUAAAGAUAAACAGACAUGAAAAAAAUGUCAAAAAUUCCAAAAAACAAAAUUAAUUUAAGAGUCAGAAAGUAAAGGACACGAUUUGAAAAGAUUUAUUUUUUUAAGUUGUGAAACGGUAAUCAAUAAAAUUUAAAGUCGUGAAAUGCAAACUGACAAAUUUCCAAAAAUUUUACAAAAUAAAACUUGACAAAAUUAGAAGUUAAAUGUAAAGCGACCGGAAAAAUUAAAAAUGACAAAAAAUGUGAAAUUAUAAAAUGUAAAUUGACAGAAAAUUAAUAGUAAACAAGCAAACUGAUAGGACGUUAAAAUAAAAAAGUAUGAGGAACAUUUUACAAAAUAUAAAUUGACAAAAUGUAAAAUAAUCAAGUGGAAACUGACCGGAAAUUAAUAAUAAACAAACAGGCUGACAUAAAGUUUAGUUAAAUAAAAAGUACGAAGAACAUUUUUCAAAACAAAAAUUGACAAAAUAUGAAAUUAUAAAAUGUAAACUGAUAGGAAGUAAAUAGUAAGCACACAAACUGACAUGAAGUUAAAGUUAAAAAGUGUGAAGAACAUUUUACAAAAUAAAACUUUCAAAAAUUAGAUGUUAAAUGUAAAGCGACUGGAAAAAUUAAAAAUGACAAAAAAUGUCAAGUUAUAAAAUGUAAACUGACAGGAAAUUAAUAGUAAACAAACUGACAUGAAGUUAGUGUUAAGGAGCAUUUUACAAGAUAAUUGGCAAAAUGUGACGUUAUUAAACAUAAACUGACAGGAAAUUCUCUUCUUCAGUUCCUAAUUGUGCAUUUCUUUUCAUUUUAAACACAAAUAUUUGGAAUUAUACGAUAUUUAUUUCUGCCAAAUAUGAAGUCUGACAAAAUCCUUGAUGUCUUAGUGUCACAUUUAUGGUAUAAACAUGUAAAAAAAACUGAAAUGUGAAGCUGUUGGAAGACAUUUUUAACACUUCGAUGCUUCUGCUCUUCAUGCUAAGCUACCCUCGAGCCUGUUUCUUGACUGCGAUAAACCACAAACCUCCGCGACGUUCCUUCGACCGGACGCUACCACCGAGUGUUUUAGCAUUAAAACCUGAACGUGUGUGUCAAGUGUUUGUGAGUGUGUGUGUGCGCAGCUUCUACUCACCCGAUUCCCCCACAAGUCUACAUCUGUAGAUAAGAUGUACAUGUGCAUUAUUACAGAUUAGUACAACUCGGUGCAUGGAACUCGUGUACAGGCAGCAUUUGUAUGAAUAAACAUGCACACUACUUAUUUAUAUAAAUGCAUAUAAAUGUAAGAUACCUGUAAAUGUAGCAGGUAUAAUACUGAAGAUUGUUCACUGUCCAACACUUUGACUUGCAUUGUACUUACCAGUGUACAUAGAAGCACUAACUCGAGACUGUGUUAGAGUAAUAAUAAUGAUUAUUUUGUCAUGUGAGUUAAACCGAUUUGUACUAGAUGCAGACAAAUAGAAGCUAUCAUUAUUAUUACUACUACUGCAGUUGGAAUAUUUAUGUUGUAAUGCUAAUUUUUAAGUUUUUAAAAUUGUAAUUGCCAAUUUUGACCACUAGGUGGGGAAUAAGCGCAAUGUUACUGUGAUAGAGCUACAAAAAUAAUUAAAAAAACAAAACAUAUUAAUGUUUCUAAGGAGGACAAAAAGGACUACCUUUCCCAGCAUUCCUGUCGAGGUCUCAGGGUGGGAGUCUCCAGUUCUGGGCAGGGCUUCGUUUUUAGUUUUUAUUUUUGAGCCAGUAUUAAAACGUGGAGUCGAUAUUUCCGGAUUCUUUCACUACAUUUGGUGCCAUGUUUUUAUUAUUUUUAACUUUUAGAUUUUGUAAUUUUGCACUCUUUACUGUGCAAAGAACUUUUUCUCCAACAAAAAAAGAAAAAACACUGUAACCUGCAAAAUAUCAAGCCCAAAAAGUAUCCAGUGUUACAUUAAAUGCUUGGAAAAAAUAGUCAUAUGAGUAAAUUGUGUGAAAUAAAUACACCAAAACGUCAGGAAAACUAUUUAAGAAAUCAUUAAAACUCAACUCAUUAUUAUGAAAUGUUAUUUUCAGGUUAUUUUUACAGUAACAAUUUCAAUUUUUAUUUCUGUAGUUUUUGUUUAGUUAUUUUGACACUUUUGUAUAGUGAAAUUGUGGAAAAAGUAUGUUGAAAUUGGUAAUAUGAAAAAAAAAUAAAAAAAUUUAUUCCAAAUAAGAAAAAAAUAGAAAAUAACAUGAUCUCAGAGUUAUAAAACGAAGGUAAUAUUUUUUAUUUGUGUUAAAAUAGUGCAAAAAUAUUGGCAAAAUUUGAAGGUAUUAACUGUAAAAUGACAAGAAAUUAAUUGCAAAUUUAAAAAAGACAAAGUUGAAAAUUUAAACGUAAGAGACAAGAAAAUUUUAUGAAAUGUCAAAACAUGAAGUUUAAAAAAGAAAAAUUGGUUAAAUAAAAUGUGACAAAAUUUAAAGUUAAAUCUCAAGUAACAACAAAGUAAUAAUAAACAAAAAUUAUUGACAUGAAAUUGAAAGAAAUAAGGGACAAAUUUUUUGUUUUAUAAAAUAAAAAGUCAAAAUUUAUAGUAAAAAAAAGUGAUAUGAAAUUCAAAGUUAUUUGAAUGACAUGACAAAAUUUUAAAAGGGACAAAAUUGAAGUUAGAUGUAAUGUGACAGGAAGUUAAAAAUGACAAAAAGCCAUCGUUGCAUUAAAAACAUUUUAGUUUCAUUAGAAACAAAAUAUUUAAAUAUUUCAUAUUAAUGAGUUGAUUUUUAUUGUACAGAUUGUUUUAUUUCUGUAUUUUCCACAGUUUGUUCGUAUGAUUAUUUUCCCCAAGUUUUUUUUGUUGUUGUAAUUUUGGCCUCUCUGGGACUCCAUACAUGAACUCCACUCUGUGUUUUGAUUUGCACAGUCCGAAUGGGUAGAAAAUCACGACCUCCGUGCGAUCGGAUGCUGUCUUUAGUUGUCAUGUCUACCUCAUUUGCACUGAUAGUAAAAGAAUGUUUGGGUGGAUUUUAAAGGAAAAAAAACAACAUGUUUUCUUGGCUUUUUCUUUUUUGUUUCCUUCUCAUUUUUGUGCAAAUGUUGACAAAGAGAUGAUGAAUGAGAGCCGGAGGACGAGCUGACGACGCCACAUUCGGAGUGGAAGCUGUACAGUUUUAGUUUCUGAUCUCUCUGCUGACAUGCUGGACUUUAAAGACAAACAGGGGGUCGAAAAGGCGUCGUAAAACAAACUGUGCUGACUGUGGACGGUGGAAAUGUUUGUUCGGAUCUGCUGGCCGACAGACAAACUGUUCAAAACGUGAGAUUUCAUUUUGCCAACUUUGAUUUUUCUCUUUUUAAAUGCUUUUAUGUUGAAAUGCCGACCAUUCCUCAAGUGUUAUUUUUGCCAAUCAAAGCUGCACUCUGGAAGUUUCAACCCACAUAAACACACUUUAUUUCUACUGUCUGAAACACUUUUGUAUUAGAUUGAGAGUAGUUUACUGACUGUAGGAUUUCUGUGUUUUGGGAAAUUUUCACAUUUUGCCGUCUUCUCCGGAGUUAACGAUGGAAAAAUGGUUGUUUUCUUAUUUUUCAAGUUGCAGAAAGUUCAGAAAAAAAAGAAAAGAAAAAAGCCUGAAAUAAUAAUAAUCAAGCAAAUAGUUUAAAAUAUAAAUAAGACAACAAUUUUCAUUGUCCUUUUUUGUUGUUACUGGAAAAAAAAUCUACUUUUAAAGCCUGUUUUCAUUUCAUAGUUAUGUUUUGUCAAAAGCUGCUUUUAUUUAAUGACACUUUCAUGAUGUUUUUAUGUUUUUAUUUUAUAAUGUUGCUGUUUUGUGAUAAAAUGUCACUUUUAGAUGCUGGAAAAAUUUACAUUUUACAGUCAAAGCAAUCAAGUAAUUGCAGAAAUGUUUUGCUUAUUGCUUAAAAAUAAUCUGUCACUGCAGAAAACAGUGAAAAAUGUUUCUGAAAAACAAAGAUACUCAGUUUAACCACAUUUUUGGGGGGAUUAAGAUGCUGAAAAAAUGACUUAAAUAAUAGUUUGACGAUCAAAAAACAUUUCUCUUAACUAUGAAUUGUAUUAUUCGACAAAUAUUUUCAGCUCUGGUUGACCAACUUUUCAUAAUUUUGUCAAAAUUUGUUCUGCAUGUGGCUCUGUGGUGCGUUCAAGGACAGUCAGACAUCCAAAAACUGAAGCGGUUCCAAGACGUUUUGUUAAAAAUGCUUCUGGAGUCGACAGCAAACGAGAAAAUUUCCCAAAACUGUCUUUAAAUUUGCUGGUUUCUGUUUGGGUCCACACGGCGCAGAUUUGUAAACAAACAAACAAAAACACCCCAAAUGUUGUUGAUGUUUGUGGCCAGCAGGAAGAAACUGACUGGAGCAGCUGAGAGGAGGAUGAAGGUGGUGAUGAUGAUGAUGAUGAUGAUAAUGAUGAUGAUUAUGAUGAAGGUGGAGGAUUCUGCUGUAGUGAGAGUCAGUGUUGGUUGAAGGUUGUGAGUCUGUCGGACGUUUUUGCAGCAGGAGUUUCAAAUGUUUCAGGUUCUGAGGUUGAAAAAAAACGAGUUGUACAGAAACGUGACAAAAUAAUUUUGGAGAAAUAAAAGAACAAAAAUAGA